AUGCAGAUAAAGAUACGUCUAGAGAAAAUAAAAGAACUUUGGACUGAGUUUGAUGUAGUUCAGAAUAAUAUCGAGGCAUUAGAUACCAGUAAUGAGCAAUUGGACUACAGAGAUACGUUUGUAAAUUUAUAUUUUGAUAUAGUUGCAAAAGCAGAGACUAUGGUACAAGGUUCAAAUGUAGUUAUUGGCAUAAACAGGUUGAGUAUACCGGGCAAUCUUGCGCAAGGAGGUGACCGGGCGAUAAAAAUGAAGCCGUUAGAAUUACCGUCGUUUUCGGGAAAAUUUGAAGAGUGGUCCACAUUCAAAGAUUUAUUUUUGACCAUGGUACAUUUAAAUCCAACAAUAGCAGGAAUACAAAAAUUUGUAUAUUUAAGAAUGUAUUUGUGUGGGGACGCAUUGGUUAUGAUACAAAAUUUAGCGACCACAGGUGACAAUUACUCGAUUGCAUGGAACACUGUCGUAUAA